GGUACCAAAGAUAGAGAAAGUCCCAGGGUUUCCAUAUUUCCAACUCUCUCUUUCUUUCAUUUAUUUUAAUUUGUACCCUCUUUUGUUAUCCAAAAGUAGUUGAGCUUGUAACCAAUAAUCCCCCCCCCUUCUUUUCUUAUUUUUUUUAAUAUCUCUUGAAAAAUUGAAGUAAGAUUUCUCAAUGGGAAGAGGAAGAGUAGAGCUUAAGAGAAUAGAAAAUAAAAUAAAUAGGCAAGUCACUUUUGCUAAGAGAAGAAAUGGACUUCUUAAAAAAGCUUAUGAACUUUCUGUUCUUUGUGAUGCUGAAGUUGCCCUUAUAAUCUUCUCUAAUAGGGGUAAACUCUAUGAAUUUUGCAGCACUUCAAGCAUGGUGAAAACAAUUGAGAAGUACCAACGUUGCAGCUAUGCUACUUUGGAAGCCAACCAAUCAGUAACUGAUACUCAGAAUAACUACCACGAAUAUCUGAGGCUAAAAGCUAGAGUUGAGCUCCUCCAACGAUCUCAGAGAAACUUUCUUGGUGAAGAUUUGGGCACAUUAAGCUCGAAGGACCUUGAGCAGCUUGAGAAUCAAUUAGAGUCUUCCUUAAAGCAAAUCAGGUCAAGGAAGACACAAUUCAUGCUGGAUCAGCUUGCAGAUCUUCAACAAAAGGAGCAAAUGCUUGCAGAAUCUAAUAGAUUACUCCGUAGAAAGCUAGAAGAAAGUGUAGCUGGAUUUCCACUUCGAUUGUGUUGGGAAGAUGGAGGUGAUCAUCAACUUAUGCAUCAACAAAAUCGUCUCCCUAACACAGAGGGUUUCUUUCAGCCUCUUGGAUUGCAUUCUUCUUCUCCACAUUUUGGGUACAAUCCUGUUAAUACAGAUGAGGUGAAUGCAGCGGCAACUGCACACAAUAUGAAUGGAUUUAUUCAUGGAUGGAUGCUUUAAUCUAAUAAUUCGAACAAGCUAAUCCAUGUUUGGUUAAAUAAUUAUACAGUAAUAAUGUAUUGCAUGUAUUAUCAUCCUUUUUUGUUUUGUUGCAAAUUUUAUUUAGAAACUCUCAUCAGGAAUUAUCGCGGCGAUCGAUUAAUCGAGGACAAUAAAUGUAAUGUAUGCAUAAGUUGCUACUUUAACAUUUGAAACCUCCUGACUAUGCAUUUCUGAUUGUAUCACAAUAUGUAAUUAAAUGGAAUUGUUGUAUUUUUGUAUCAUUGAAUCAUAUGCUUAUCUUGUA